CAGCGUUUUUAUUUUUAAGUAACGAUUUACUAGUAAGUGGAUAUCAAUAGCUACCUAUGAGCUUUGAACCCUUGACCACAUUUUUCUUUAAUCAUCAAUUACCUUCGUAUAUAAAGUAUGUAAGGCUGAUCUUGGAAACCUUGUAACUCACUCUUUCACAUUGUAGGGAAUAUUCAAGAUAUCAUGUUAUAAUGAAAGUGAUGACGGACAAACUUAGGUAACCGAAAAUGUUCUACUUUUAAAAAACAUUAAAAUGACCAACGACACUAAAAUGACCAACGACACAAACAUUUAUAUUUUCAAAUUUUCGGGACGACCUGUCUCUACCUCAGGACAAGACGUUUUACACAAAGCACUGAAAUGACCAAAGUCCCCUAAAUGCAGAAUAUAUCAAAGCACAAAUAUACUUUUUACGGUGAACUUUCAUCGAUCUCUUUUAUUACAAGACUAUCAUUUAAUAACUUUUAAAGUGUUGCCUUAACAACGAUGCUGAUUGGAUGAAAAAUUCGUGUGAUUUAUUGAUUUUAAAAACUAUGGUCUGGGAUUUCACCUGCAUUAAUCACUUGGGACUGCUUUUCUCUAGAAUGCAUCUUCCCCGUUCUAAUUUUGUCUUCCAACUGAAUACCAAACCGAGUACCGCAUUCGGUACAGUUGACCAUCCUUCCUUUUCUGUGUCGACACAUGAACCAUCAUCGUCUAUGAAUGAGUCCCCUUGCACCACAUUAACACAUGUCGAGUCGUAUUUUACCAUUACCACGACACAACCACUGUUCAACGUCUCCUCCAAAACAAUGCAGCAUGCAUCAACUCACCGCAUGUCCCCCUCCUUCAUAUCUAAAUCAUCUCUUCACCAUUGCACUUUUAAUUUGGCGUCCAAUCCAUUGACUUCUUCACAGUAAAUUUACCUAACCCAAACUCAGUCAUUUUGAAUGAAAUGUUGCUGUUUUAAUUGUUACAUACAUACAUUCCAACGCGCCAUUUCAAAAACUCUAAUUAUAGGAUUUUGAUGAAAAGUGAAGAUACCGAACAGUGAUCAAUCUCAUAACUCCUAUAAAGAAUACAAAAUGAAUAUGAGAGAAACUAUUUGGUAAAUUAUUUAAAAACACAUUUAGAUGAUGCGAUAUGAAUCUUACAAUUCUUUUCUUAAUGGCGGAAUGAUAGGGAAAAUAGGACGGAAAACCUUUUCAUCAAUACAUGUAAAGUAAGUCAUAUUACAGAGCAGUUCUUACAUGAAGUCUAUACUAAAGUGUAUUGUAGUUUUAUAAACGAACGAUAGGUGUGUACGAGGAAUCCAGAAAAUACUAUUAUUAUUUAUGAUAAAGGAAAGUUGGUGUUUACAUCAAUGAUACUUCCGUUUAAACAAUGUAGACAACUUCCGUGAAUCAAUAAAACAUUACAUAAAACGUAAAACUUCCGUCUAAAACAUUAACAGCAUAUGGGAAAGGGACAUAAUUCUGGAAAGUGGGAACAGAUUAAGCGGUGAAUGACGUUACACAACUAUAUCUAUUUGACACAGAGCUUGAUAUACACGCAUAGUUCGAAUUAAACCACUUUCAAAAACGCCAGGAUGGAACUACAGCAGGGAAUACUAUUUCAUCUAAUGAUUUUAUACCUUUUCGUUACAAAAGGAUGCAGCGAAAUAUGCGAUGACAGAUGCUGUCUCAACUAUUACAAACAUCGAAAUGGAUCCUGUGUCGAGUGUCCGCUUGGUACACAUGGACUUAACUGUAGCGGAACCUGUGUCAGUGGAUUUCAUGGUAGAUUUUGUCUGUCAGAGUGUGAAUGUCCCGUUCAUACAUGUGACAAAAAGUAUGGCUGUUUGGGGGACAAAGUCGACGAACGUAAGGGCGACAAACAUGUCUGGACAGAUGUAUGGUACACUUUGGUAGGGUCCUUUACGACUUUGGGCAUUGUCGGCCUCAUGAUUUACCUUAAGUCAUGGUGUUCAAAAAGAAGUGUUUCAAGUCAGGAGACUAACCAGAAUGAUAUUGCUCAUCCAGGUUUCAUUUUCUACACAAAGAAUCACGAAGAAAAUCCUUAUGAGAUUUAUAGAAACUCGUCAUCCAGUGAAAGUGACGAUGUGAUUCGAGGACAAGCUACUAAUUCAGAUGACUAUACUGACUUACGAUUCUUCAGGAUUGAACCAGAACAGUGCACUACAAGCAGCAUGGAAGAUGACACAAAGCCUCAGUUUCCUUCUAAUGCAACCAUUCCUGAAAACAGUCACCAUGACGAAGAUACAAACGAUGCAGGCGAAAACAACGGGCUAGCAGAUUCAUCCGCAAUGAAUGGGCAAUAUUCAGAUGAAGUUGUAGGUGAGUAUGACUACAUUGAAAUGAAUCAUAACAAGGAAAGUCCACAGGAGAUGGAGAGAAUACAAUCCGAGGAAGAAGCCGUCCGCCAAAGUCUGAUAGAUGAAACAGUGAACGAGUACAUACUGCUAUCUCAAACAAGGAAAGAGAGAGAUAUGCCCAUGAAAUUUGACAUUGAUAAAGAAAUAUUUCAGUUUAAAGUAAAAAGCAAGAGUCUCCCUCCAGGAAAAGUGAGUCACAAAGAGGUUUUACCUACACAUCCAUGGAGUGUGACGAAAGGCCAUCGACAUAUGGGUCUCAUCCUGAAUACCCACGACUAUCUCUUCCAAACACCGAGCGUUUGGCGAUGGAGCGAUGGCCACCUAUUUUACCCUUUAGGUUUGACACCGCUAAAUAAGAGCAGUGCUGGAGCCCAUGGUGAUGAAGCGAACGCCUUGACAUCUGAGCUACCAUGACUGUCAUCCCGGCUGGAUAUUUGGACUGACGCCUUCACCGAAUCUCAGAGCAGUCCUUCACAAUUCAUGUCUAGAAAUCCACAUUCAACUUCAGGUGGUUGAAGAAAUUAAUCUGCACGUGGUAAUGUUUACGAUGAUUGAAUUAAAA